GUGCCUGACGGCAGCGACCAAAAGUUACCACCAAGUAAAGACAUCCUCGGUCAUUCCAAACAAUUUCCAAUGGGCGACUCUGCUGCUCUUUCGAUCUCCCCAUCCGACAAGGCCCUCGCCUUGGUUGCGGCGUAUUACGCUACCUCUCUCCCUGUCAAGACCGAUGACUCCCUCGCCCAGGCCAUGUCAUCCUUGACCCUCUCCACCGGCUCUACCAUCGUCGGUUCGAACACCAUUGCGACCUACCUCGCUUCCACCAGCGCACAGGGUGAGAAGGAGGCUGGAUCGACUGAUAUUGAAAAGGCUGAGGUUGCGCAGUGGUUGACUUUGUCCGCCAAGUUCGCCGAGGACAAGUCUUCCCUUGAGACUCUUAACUCUCACCUCGAGACUCGCACUUACAUCACUUCCCCCAUCUCCCCCGCUCUCGCCGACUUGAUCGUCUACGCUCGCCUCCAGCCCAUCUACGCCGCCGACAAGUCUCUCCACCACACCCUUAUCAACCUUACCCGCUGGUUCGAUUUCGUGCAGAACAACGAGUCCGUCCGCGCGGCCAUCGAGAAAGCCUCCAUCGACCUCCCCGUCGUCGAGAUCGACCUUAGCGCACCAAAGCAGGAGAGGAAGAAGGUCGAGAAGAAGGACAAGAAGAAGGAGAAGGACGCCGCCAAGGCCGACCCCAAGAAGGAGAAGACUAAGGACAUCGCAGCCGCCGCAACCGAGUCCGCUGUCGCGGCCCCCACCACAACGCCCCCCCUCAAGGACAAGAAGAAGGACAAAAAGGACAAGCCCAAGAAGGAGAAGGCUCCUCCUCCGCCCCCAACCCCCCUCUUCCCCGACCUCCGCGUCGGCUAUAUUGAGAAGGCUGUCAAGCACCCCGACGCAGACGCCCUCUACGUCUCCACAAUCCACUGCGGCGACGAAGCACCCCGCACAGUCGUCUCCGGUCUCGUCCGCUACGUCCCCCUCGAAGCCAUGCAAGGCCGCAAAGUAAUCGUCAUCACCUCCCUCAAACCCGCCAAAAUGCGCGGAAUCCUCUCCGAAGCAAUGGUCCUCUGUGCCGUCCGCGAAGAAGGCGAGAACAGGAAUGUCGAACCCAUCGCACCGCCUGCGGAUGCGGAGACUGGAGCGAAAUUGUGGGUUCCGGAUUUCGAGGGGUUCGUGGAGAAGAAUGGGAAUAAGGUUUGGGAGAGGUUCGCGCCGGAUUUGAAGACAGAUGCGGAGGGGAAGAUGGUUUGGCAGGGGAAGACGAUUAGGAUUGGGGGAGCUGAGGGUGGUGAGUGUGGUGUUACUGUUGACUGGGGUAAGGACUGCACUGUUGGUUAGAUUUGCAUGUCGGGGACGUAGGAUAGAUAAGGCAAU